CAGCACUUCCAGUAUUACAGGUCUUCUACUCGUUCUUGGUAUCCUGCGACUUGUCAAGGUCCAUAUUUUAUAUUCAACAUGAAGAUCACUCUUGCUCUCGCCGCUUUCCUUGUCGGCCAGUCUGCCGCUGGACUGAGCCGUCGAGGCGAUUCGGACUCCUAUGACGACUCUGUCGCCCCUGACUCAACUUCCCCUGAUUCCGCCGGGACCACGAUUGUCACCCCGGAGCAGGUCAUUCAGAUCGCCGAUGGUCAGGUCCAAGUUAUUCCAGGAACCACCGAGAUCAUCCAUCCAACCCACACCUCCGAGGCACCGCAUUACCCCACCCAAUCGUGCGCGAAGCAGACUUCUUGUGGGUGCAAGCCGCAUACCCAUUGCUACUGCAAGCCGCAACUUGAGCCUCCUCGCUGCAGCGUUGUGACCACUCAGUCUCCCGUCCACUACUAUGGCCACUCCACCGAGACGUUGACCCACUCGAGCACCAAUAUCUGGACCGAGACCGAGUUCGUCACUCGCUACGAGACCAUCCAUAACCCGACGACCAUCCCCAUCCUCUCCACCCUGACAAUUGUCGAGACGUCGUUCAGCAUCGACGACCCCAUCGAGACGCAGACGGAGAUCGACCCCAUCGUCGUCACCAGCACCGAGGUGCAAACCUCCCUGGAAACCUCCGUCCACCAGGUCACUGAAACGUCCUAUGAGACGUACAAGGCUACCUUGUGCCCGUGCCCCACGUACACUGCUCACUAUGGUCACCACGGCCAUGGCCAUGGCUAUAACCACUGGUCGUAAGCGUGCCUAGCGUGAAAAGAUGCAGUUGCUAGACUGCAAGAUCGCAUGGAACCGUGGAGAAUGAAAGCUAGUGAGAUCGAAGUUGUCGAGUCUCCCGUGGAGUGAGGAUGGUUUGACUGGAGUUCAGGUCUGAAUUUGCCUACUUAGAUAGGUAUAAAAAUAAUACAGGGUUCUUGAGAUAAUUCUAGCUUCGCACCUAAGUG